GCGGGCGAAGAGGCCGCGCGCGACAGCCCGCCGCUGCUCGCCGAGGGGCCCUGCGAGGGCCGCGGUGGGAGCAGGGAAAGGUCACCGACCCCUCGGGCGACAGAGGCGGGCGAAGAGGCCGCGUGUGACAGCCCGCCGCUGGCCGCGGCGGGGAGCGCUGCUCGUCGCCUUCGGCACCGCGGGCUCAGACAGCGUGGUGAGGUGUACUUCCUCGAGCUCUUCGCUGGGUGCUGCCGUCUCACCGCGGGUGCCCUGGCCGGCGGGCUUCGCUGCCCUGGUCCAGUCGAUCGCAUCAACGCAGAGUACUUCGACGUCACCAGGGCCCCGGUCGCGGACGCCAUCGUGCAGUGGAUCCUGUGCGGCUCGAUCUGGGCCGUCGCCCUGGGGACCCCCUGCGCGCGCUGGAGCGCUGCUCGGCGAGGUGGCGAGAUGGCGGACUCGGCCGCGUCGGCCUCCGGUCUCGCCUGCGCCAAGUUCUCGCGUCGAGUGGUGCGGGCCUGCCUGGACGCUGGCGCUCAGUUCGUCAUCGAGAACCCUCGGUCGAGCCAUCUCUGGAGCUGGCCACCGCUGGAGAGCCUGCUUAGGCGUGCUGCUGCCGUUCGCGUGAAGCUGGACAUGUGCGCCUUCGGCGCAGCAUGGAAGAAGCCGACCCUGCUCGUGGGCAACCUGCAUGGCCUUGCGCGCAUGGAGGCCAGGAAGGAGGGCGAGUCCCGCAUCGACCAGCGGCGGGAGGAGCACUUGGCAGCCUGCCUCGGCCAGAAGGUCAGUCACUUCGUCCAGGUGGAACCCCUCCCGACUAAGGCCACGCUCGGGUGGGAGUCGGCAGACGGGUACUGUUGCGGGCAGCCGCUCAUGUGGGAGCUGGGCGUCCUCGCUCAGCGCUAUGGCGACUGCUACGCUGCCGUGGUCCGCUUCGCCCGUGCUGUUCCAGCCGUCACCGACGUGGGGCAAUGGGACAAGCUCCUCGUCGAGUACAUGGAGUUCCUCUUCCUGGACGGCGCUGCAGUGAGCGCUGCCCGCGAUGCCCUCGACGGCGUGGCCUGGACAUUGGACUUUCCGAUCAAGUCCCCCAGCUGCUUUGCUCUUGCCAAGGCCACGCUGCGCGCUUUCUCUCGAAGAGCGCCAGAGAAGUCGCGGGACCCACCGCGCGAGGAGUUGUUUUGGCUGUUUGUCGAUUUCUCUAUCCAGCACGAGCUGCACCUCGUCGGGUUCUUCGCCGUGCUGGCCUGGGACUGCUACCUCAGGCCGCCCGAGGCGAUCGAGCUCCGCAAGGAGGAUCUGUGCCCGCCCGUGACGGGCGCCUCGAUCCAGAAGUGGAGCAUCACGGUGGCCCCCUCGACCAGAGACAGGCCCGCCAAGAACCGCCAGUUCGACGCGGGGGUGGUGGCUGCCUGGCAAGAUCGUCGCUGGAUGGAGCCCCUGCUCAAGAGUGUCUUCGAGCGGACGAAGCCAGGCGAGCUGCUGUUGAGAGGGCUCACGCUGGCUGCUGUCGAGAAGGCCUUCAACCAAGCCUCCGACCACCUGGGCUACAAGGUGGUGCCGCACGGGAUGAGGCACGGAGGCCCGUCGCAUGAUGCGUUCAAGAACGGUGUUGGCCUGCCUGACAUUCAGAGCCGGGGCCGCUGGAUGUGCGCAGAAAGUUGUCGGAUCUAUAUGAAGCCUGCGGCGCUGCUCCGAAGCAUCCAGAAG